CGAUAGAUUUGGGAUAUUAGCAUAAACUGUCAAAUUUGUUUUCCAAAAGCAAAAUGCCCGAAUCGCCGACGCAUGUGGAGCACCGGAUGUGCGGCCUGGGAAAUCACAGGCUGAGGACCCCCUACCGAGUGAUAAAAAAUCCGCACUUGAUAAAGUUCGGCCGGCACAUAAACUCUGAACUGAGGUCGCAGCCACUCUGCCUGUCCUGCUACAAGGAUCUGAUACGGCUGUACAACUUCAAGAACAGCAAUGCGAAAAGACACCUUGAGGAGCGGAAGCGCGAUGCGAGUAUCUCGACAUUGACUGGCAGUCAGGCGAGUGAGGCGACAUUUGGGUCUUCUACCGGAGUGUCCACUCUCACGGCCUCGGAGGACGGGGCACCCACUAGGAGAAUCUCCGGUGAGGAAGGACCCAAUCCUAGGGACUCCUCGGAGGACGAAGGACCCACUACCAGCGCAGCGGCGGCAGCCAAGCGCGCAAAAAGGCAGCUGCCCGCAGCGAGUUCUUCGGAGAGUGCAUCCCUCAGCGACGACGACGACGAUCCCAACUCCAAUCUUAGUCUCAACGCCGUGAAUGGCUCUCGGUUGCCCCACAUCCAGCCUAUUCCAAAGAGACGUCAGUUCAUCCACUUGAACAAGGAAGCCAUGGACAUCUACUUGGCCGGAACCACGGGGGGAUAGCGCUAAGGAUAUUUUCCCAAGCGAUACGUUUUUAAAAAAAUAAUAUAAUUGCA